AUGUCUUACAAUAAGCGUGCAACUGCAAUAUUCCCCUCUUCCGCUGCGGGCACUUUAUCGUCACGCCCUGGCAGUCAAUCCUCGAGUUUAGCUGCACUGGUAGCUGCAAAGCGAGCGGAGUUAGAAGAUAUCCAACAGUUACGGGAUAUUAGCAAUGCUCUGACAACACAGUUAGAGGCAUUGGAAGCAAAACUUGCAACGUUACAAAAUGGAGCAGAAGCUGUCGCUUGCAUAAUGGCAAACUUUGACAGUGUACUUAAAGUCAUUAAUAUGGCUGCGAGCGGCCUUCCUCAAGCCAAAAAUCAGGAGAGUCCGUCUAAUGCGAAUCAACAAGAGGGUGCCAAGGAGGAGGAUAAUGUCAAGGACUCCCUUCCGGUUCCCCUUGUAAGAAUACUCCUGGAACAGCAAGCCCAAGGGACUAAGCGAUAG